AUGUUUGUCCCUUGUUCUACCACAGCUCAAACUUACAGAAACAUAUCUUUAGGCUCAUCCCUCACUGCACUAAAUGAUGACAACUCAUCAUGGCAAUCACCAUCUGGUGAAUUUGCUUUCGGUUUUCGACAGAUUGGAAAGGAUGGCUUCCUACUAGCCAUCUGGUUCAACAAGAUAACUGAGAAAACCAUUGUGUGGUCAGCCAAUGAGGAUAAUCUUGUCCCACAAGGAUCCAAAGUUGAACUCACUGCAGAUGGCCACUUUUUGCUCAAUGAUAUUUCAACAGGCAAAGACAGAUCAAUAGUUUCUUCUGCUGCUACUGGCGUUGCCUAUGCAGAAAUGCUAGACACUGGAAAUUUUGUGCUGGCCAACCAAAAUUCAACCAUUCUGUGGGGGAGUUUUGAUCAACCGACUGAUACAAUCAUACCCGCACAAGCUCUUAAUAACGGAAGCAGACUCUUUGCUCGCUAUACGGCUACAAAUUACUGA